GUAGCGGCGCGGGGCGGCCAUGGCGGCGCGCGCGGGCUCGCUGGUGGCGGCCGUGCUGGCGCACUCGGGCCGCCUCGACAAGGAGCACCUGGGCACCCGCGUCGGGAGGCUGUCCCGCCGCGUCGAGGAGCUCAAGGGAGAAGUCUGCAACAUGAUAAACAAGAAGUACAGCGAGUUCCUGCCCAGCAUGCAGAGUGCAGAGGAGCUGGUGGCACAGGUGGACGGGCUGUCCAGCAACAUCGACCUGCUCAGGGCGAGCAUCGAGAACGAGGUCCAGCGAGAUCUCAAUGUGGCUGUUGCUGAAUUCACGGAGCUGAAGCAGCAGCUGGAGCGGGACACGCUGGUCCUGAGUGUGCUGAAAAAGCUGCAGGAGUUUGACAGAGCCAUCAAAGAGCACAAGACUGCACUGCUGGAGAAGAAGUACGUUGCAGCAGCUCAGCAGCUGGAAAAGGCACGGGGCAGCCUCAGGAACCUGGAAUCCCGCAAGGGCUUCGAGCUGAAGAUCCUGAGGGCGCUCGGCACAGAGCUCACGGUGCAGACACAGAACAUGCUCUGCCACCUGGGGGAAGAGUGGCAGAAACUCAUCGUGUGGCAGCUCCCUCCUUCCAAAGAAAGCAGCCUGGAGGCGGUGGUGCACUCAGAGCUGCACUUACACACGAUGCCAUCCAAGGAGGAGGAGGUUGCUGGCCCACCUGUGGCAUCCGUGCUCCAGGCCUUGGCUGUCCUGGGAGAGCUGCACACCAGGCUGAAAGCUUUUGGCCAGUUGUUGCUGAAAUACAUCCUCAAGCCUGUGAUUUCAUACCCAUCCCUGCAGCCACUCACCGAGGAGCGGCCAGACGUGCUCAUCCUGAGGUUUAAAUCCGAGGAGCCUGCCUUGGAUCAGUCCUCUCCCAUGGAGGUUUUUGACAAGAUCAAGCUUGUUUUUGAAGUUCUCCACAAAUACCUGCUAAAUGUGCCUCUUGAGCAGCCUGGGGAGGACAGGAAGGAUGGCAGAGUCACGCUGGCAGAGCUGCUGGGGGAGCUGAUCUGGGAAGAGCUCUCCAACUGCCUCGUUCAGAACUGCCUGGUGAACUCCAUCCCCAGCAACAGCAGCAAACUGGAGCAGUACACAGAGGUGAUUGAAUCCACAGAGGAAUUUGAAAAGGCCUUAAAGAACAUGCAGUUUUUGAAAGGAGACACGACUGACUUACUGAAAUACGCCCGCAACGUCAACUCCCACUUUGCCAGCAAGAAGUGCCAGGAUGUGAUUGCAGCAGCCAGAAACCUGAUGACCUCAGAAAUCCACAACACUGUCAAGAUCACACCUGAGUCCUGCGUAACCCUGCCACAGCUUCCUGACCCUGCGUCAGGAGAUCACUCAAAGAUGCAAAAGCCCUCCAACCACAAUGGCACAGUGAAUUUGGAGGGUGAGACCAGGCUGAGCCAGUACACCUUCUCCCUGCCCACAUGCCGCAUCAGCUCCUCCGUGGAGCAGCUCAUGGAGCUGGUCUAUCAGACACUGCUGGAGGCCACAGUCAGCACGGACCAGUGCUGUGUGCAGCUCUUCUACUCGGUGAGGAGAAUCUUCCAGCUGUUCUAUGAAGUGGUGCCAACAUACCACAAGGAGAGCCUGCAGAAGUUCCCCCAGCUGGCAGCCAUCCACCACAACAACUGCAUGUACCUUGCCCACCACCUGCUCACCCUGGGCCACCAGUUCCGCUACCGCACCACCAACAUCCUGAGCAACGGGGCAGCCUCCUUCGUGGACCUGGUGCCUGCCUUCAGGAGACUGGGGAUGGAGUGUUUUAAGGCCCAGAUGCGAAUGCAGAAGGGGGAAAUCCUGGAGAGGCUCUCAAGUGCCAGGAAUUUUUCUAACAUGGAUGAUGAGGAAAAUUUCCGUGCAGCAAACAAAGCCAUCAGGCAGGUAUUGCAUCAGUUGAAGAGGCUGGGCCAGGUCUGGCAGGAUGUCUUCCCAGUGAACGUGUACUGCAAGGCCAUGGGGACCUUACUGAACACAGCCCUGGCAGAGAUUGUCACCAGGAUUGUUGCCCUGGAGGAUAUCUCUGCAGAAGAUGCAGACAGGUUGUACUCACUCUGUAGGAUCAUGGUGGAGGAGGGACCCCAAGUCUUCACCCCCCUACCUGAAGAAGAGAAAAACAAGAAGUACCAAGAGGAAGUUCCAGUCUACGUGGAGAAGUGGAUGACAUUCAAAGAGCUGAUGAUCAUCCUGCAAGCCAACCUCCAGGAAAUUGUGGAUCAGUGGGCAGAUGGGAAGGGCCCUCUGGCAGCCGAAUUCUCAGCAGCUGAAGUGAAGAGUCUGAUCCGAGCCCUGUUCCAGAACACAGAAAGGAGAGCAGCAGCACUGGCCAAAAUCAAGUAACCCCACGUUUCCACCUGCACUUUGCAUCUUCUGAUAAAGCAAAAGCAAACUGAGACUUUCA